AUAAAGAGAGAGUCAUGAUCCCGCUUGAGAGGUUUAUCACAAUAUCAAACAACUCUUCUUUCAUAUUCUCACGGAAGCCUUCUCUUGAGCAUCAAGUUAGUAAGUUAGCGAUCGAAUACGACAUAAGCCCAGUUCAUUGAAUAUUUGUUCUUUUUGUUGUUCUAGACCGACUAUAGCCAUCUCGACAACGACAACGAUAAUAUCAAUGAAAAUGCAGCUCUCAUCUAUGCUCAUCCUCGGCCUCGGACUUGCCUCCACUACGUCCGGCUAUGUCCUCACCCUGUAUAAAGGCGAGAACUGCGGAGGCGCCUCGCAGAGACGCAACGUCUACGAUAACACCUGCGCUACUACCGAUUUUGCCCCCAAGUCCGUCCGGGUCGAGGUCUAUGGGGGUUAUAACCAGAAAGCGUACUUUUAUUCCACCAAGGGGUGUAUCGCGGGCCAGGAGCUCCGUGGUCCGUGGUAUGCUGAUAAUGAAAACAAUUCGUGGAAGAGAGGGGCGUGUAUUAGUAUGGGUGGUAUGACUGUUAAUGCCUUUGGGUCUCGAGUGUGA